AAUUUAAAUAUAAUUUUAUAUUAAUUAUUGGGCUAUGCAAUUAAUGGUUUUUUCUAAAUCACAAAUAUGCUAGAUCCCCGACGUGCGUAUAGUUGUGGAAAAUUUUCGAAAAAGUAUCAGGAGAAUAGGAAAAUUAAGGAGGUAUUUAGUGAAAUUGAUCUUCCUAAUACUUUUUCGAAAAUUUUCUUUUUGCCAAUUUUACAAAAAGCCUCCGCCAUUCUCAAGUUAUCCUGCCCUUUGCCCUUUGCUUAACCAUUGCUCUUUUGAAAUAAGGAACGAUAUUUGUUAGAUCGAUAUAAGUAUCCAUGGCAAUCAAUUGUUUCACUCGAGAUAAUAAUUCCUUGGCUUGAGAUUUGACGGAAUAAUAAUCUUAUAAAUUCUCCUUCCAUAUACUUAAUUACUUGGAAUCAAGCUAUCUAAUUAAAUAAUAAUUAAUUUGAAAAAUGGCAAUGGCAGUGCAGGAACGAAGCAUUCCUGCAAUUAACACGCUCGUCAAAUAUGAUAACCCUGUAUUAGUUUCGACUCAUGCGGAGAAAGUGACAAAGGAUACAACACCAGUGAAAAUUGGCGUUGUAUGUAAGGCACAGUCUUCUCCAGCAACACUUGAGGUUCGCCGUGAGACAGUGGAAAUUCUCAAUGGAAUCUUACCACCGAAAGAAUGGGAGGAGGAGGGACAAAUUUGGACUCAACAGGUUUCAAGUACACCUGCCACCAGACUGGAUGUUAUUAAUCUUCAAGAACAAUUAGAUAUGAGAUUACAGCAAAGACAAGCCCGAGAAACUGGUAUUUGUCCAGUUCGAAGAGAAUUAUAUUCUCAAUGUUUUGAUGAGAUAAUACGUCAAGUAACAGUUAACUGUGCAGAAAGAGGAUUGCUUCUCCUUCGAGUACGAGACGAAAUAAAAAUGACUAUGGCCGCGUAUCAAACCUUGUAUCAAAGCAGUAUCGCUUUCGGGAUGCGAAAAGCAUUACAGACUGAACAGGGUAAGGAAGAUUUGAUAACAGCUGCGGACGAGUUACGAGUUCAAAAGGCUGAAUUAGAAAAAGCUGUAACUGAAUUACGACAAAAAUUCGAGCAAUCAGAAAGGCGGGCGACCGAGCUGCGUGAAGCGGAGGAAAAGAAACAUGCCGAAGAGAUUCAAUUUCUUAAAAAAACCAAUCAACAGCUAAAGACUCAACUGGAAGGCAUCAUAGCUCCGAAGAAGUAAAAAGCUAACAACUUCAUAAAUAUCAAUUCAAGCUUGAAUAAAACAAUGAAAACAAAAUAUAAUAAUUCAUCAUUCGUUUUCAUUUAAUGAAUAUUCAUCUACAUAAUAUUUUCACGUACAAAUACACGUAUAGCAUUAUAAAACGUAUAAAUAUUGCUCAUUGAAGAAAAAUAGCUGACAAUAAUAUAUGUAUUUCAUUUCCAUCAAAACUUAGAAAUAAAAAUUAGAUAUUUGAUAAAUUCAAUGUCUAUAUUAGUCAUUGUCUCAUUCAUCUUACGCAAUUUAUGUUCUCCCUCAUGAUGAUAACAUUUGAAGAAUCCAUUUUUUUCAUUUUUUUAGUUAUUUGAUGUCUAUGUUACUUACGAAUUGUUAUCAAUUACGGUGCAAUUGACUUCACGUACUAUUAUUCUAAUGACCACAUUUUUUCAAGUUGAAAACUCAAGAUGAUAAUUAAGAAUCUCAUGAGUGAUGUACAUGGUUAAAGAAAAAUUAAUUUAUGGGAUUGGAAGAGAAUGACACCGAAAACACCGUGAUUUCACAAUCUACAUGGUGAAUUUUCGAUUAACAACGUCAUUGAGAAAGUCGUCAACAUAUAUAUUAAUAAAAAGCACUGAUUCCAUUAUAAACAGAAAUAAUCAAGAACAACGAGUUAACUAAGUGGAUGAGUCGAUUGAAUAAUUGAAAUGUUUCAACGUGGUGGUCCCAUCGUUCUGAUUUAGAAUUGAUCAAUUAACUUUCGAACACAAGCAAACAUAAUAUUUACGAGGAAUUAGCUCAAUUCAACCCGUCGAACCAUGGUGACGGAUAAACUAUAUAUAAUACUAUUAGUAAUUUUUUCAAGGCGAUGCUACAUGAGCAAUACAUAUAAUUAAUUAGUGUAAAAGCAUAGUGUAAGUCUAUGCAAACUUGAUGCUAAACAUAGUUGACUUGUAUAUCUCAGUUGACAUCGAUAUAGGUUUCAAGCUUCUUUUUCUUUUAUUGUCAUUGAAAUUUUAUCCUUAACUUGUGAAAAAUAAUACACGCGCACUUUCAAUUAAUAAAAUACAAUGCGCAGAUUUUUUACAGAUUCUCCCUUACGACGAAUAUUUUUGUAAUUAAUUUACAAUUUGCCAUUCAAUUUCCAUAAAUUACAGUGCAUAUUUCUUUAUAAUACUCUUAUUGGACUUUUAUUAAUAUUUUCAAUUCUUAUUUACUUCUUUUGUAGUUCAAUCUCGAGAAAUUUUCAAAUAGAAUCAUUAUUGAUCCACAACUCUUUUACUCCAUACGUGUACACCAUUUGGAAAAGGAUAAAUAAUAAUUAAUCUCUUUCCAUCGGCAAAAAGAAUAAUUCUAGUGAUUUAUAUUUCACAAGAAAGACCUUAGACGCGUAUACAUGACAGUAAAAGAAAGUUAAAUUCAGCACCUUCUUUACGCUACUCUUCAGUCAAGGAAUUUGCAUUGUAUUUGCAAUUUGUAUUUUUAAAAUAUAUUGUUAUGUUGUUGUCAUUAUUGCAUU